AUGUGUAAAUAUCUGGUUGAACAUUAUCCAAAAUUACUUCAUAUCAUUGAUAAUGAUGGGGAGACAGUGUUACUUUGCGCCGCCAGAAAAGGUAAUGUUGAAUUGUUUCAGUUAAUGAUAGACAAAGGUUUGGAUGCAAGCAUUAGAGAUAAAUCAGGCAAAACGGUGUUACACUGGUGGUGUAGAAAUGGUGACAUCCAAAUGUGUGAGUAUUUGAUCAACAAAUAUCCUCACUUUCUUCAUCUAAAGGAUGUUGAGGACGAAAAUGUGUUACAUGAGGCAGCGUAUGGAGGCAAUGUUAUCAUUUUCAAACUUGUGACGGGAAAAGGUAUUAAUGUUUUCAGUAAAACAAAGAAAGGUAAAACAGUCUUACAUCAGUGUUGUAUGAAUGGUAUGCUGAACAUGUGUCUGUACUUGUUAAAACAUUAUCCUGACUUAGUAAAAAUUAUUGAUAAAGAAGGAGAAACUGUAUUACAUGACGCAGCCUUUGGGGGUAAUAUUGAUCUUCUGAAAUGUCUAAUUGCCAAAGGCUUAGAUGAAAAGAGCAAGACAAAGAAGGGAAAAACAGUCCUUCACAAAUGCUGUAUGAAUGGUCAUUUAGAGAUGUGUAAGUACUUGGUCAAACGUUACAAUGAUUUGGUGAGAAGUAUUGACAAUGAUGGAGAAACUGUAUUACAUGAUGCAGCCUGGGGAGGAAAUGUUGCGUUAUUUAGAUUUCUGAUAAACAAAGGCUUAGAUAUAAACCGUAAAACAAACAAAGGAAAAACGGUCCUUCACAAAUGCUGUUUGAAUGGUCAUUUAGAGAUGUGUAAGUAUUUGGUCAAACGUUACAGUAAUUUGGUGGGAAGUAUUGACUUUGAAGGAAAAACUGUAUUACAUGAUGCAGCAUUUAGAGGAAAUGUUGCUCUGUUUCAAUUUCUUAUAAACAAAGGCUUAGAUGUAAAGAGUAAAACAAAGAAAGGUAAAACGGUCUUGCACAUGUGCUGUAUGAACGGUAAGUUAGCAAUAUGUAAGUACUUGGUCAAUAAUCACCCGGAAUUAGUAGAUCUCACUGACAAUGAUGAAGAAACCGUGAUACAUUCUGCAGGCGUGGGGGAUAACGUUGAUUUGCUUAAGCUUUUGAUAGCCAAAGGUCUACCCACAGACAGUAAAACAAGAAAGGGUAAAACUGUUCUCCACAAAUGUUGUAUGACUGGUAAGAUACAAAUGUGCAAGUACUUGGUGAACAAUUAUCAGCAGCUACUGACUGUUCAGGACAAUGAUGGAUUUAAUGCAUUACAUGAUACAGCUAUCGGAGGUGAGGUAGAAAUCUUUAAGUUUCUGUUGGAGAAAGGUCUAGAUGUCCACAGUAAAACAGGUACCGGUCAGACCGUCCUACAUCUCUCUUGUCACGUGGGUAAACACAUGGAUGGUCACGUGGACAAACAGGCAAUGUUUGAUUACUUGAUAGAUUCUUACCCAGACCUAUUAAAUGUUGGGGACAAUGAGGCUUAUCAGAUAAAGGUGUUGUGUACAUAA